AUUCUCCUUUACUUCACUGCCCCCCAUCCCUUUUUUCCCCCUCGUUCCAUCUCUAUCACUGAAACUCAAGAAUUUCAAUGUCCCUUCCAGUACAGUAUUAACCUUGGGGCUGCAGAAUUCCUUUUUCACCUAAGCUUUUAUAACCGACCCACGAGAGAGAGAAGCAAGAAAAGCAAACACAGAAAAGAGCAUUCAAUAAUUGCACUAAUCUUGCAUCUGUACAUGUAAACACAUGCAUUAAAUUCAUGACAUAUGUUAGCAUUUUUGCAUAAGACCACCCAUCCCCAACCCUGGCCCUUCCUCCUUGCUUGCUUUUUCAUUUCAGCAGCAUGCUACUGGACCAUAUUGUCAACUAGUACUUGCUCCAUAAAUCUCUCCCAUCUUUCACCUUCCAAUCCCUUCUUCGGACACCUAGUGAACAACCUAUUAUGUGGUUGAAAAAUUGUGAGGAUAGUGUCAAGGAAUCUAGAUAUGAUGCAUUAUACAAUCAACGAAUUCGCCAUAUCUUCCCAAAAUCUAAUGCUUCAAUGAGCAAUUGUGCUCCAUGUUGCUUGAUACCAUCUAAUUACUCCAGUCACAUUGGCAACGGGAUUGGAUUUCCCAUGAACUACCAUCAAAGUAUGUCACAAUUUUUUGUUAGUUUUUCUUCUGUUUUACUUAUUUGUGUGAUGAGUUAUGAAUGUCUUGUAGCUUGCGUUAAUCAUGAUGAAGAAAGUAAAGAUGAGAACCACAUGGAACCCAUAGUGAGUUCAAGGUGGAAUCCAACACCGGAGCAGCUAAUGGCCUUAGAGGAAAUGUAUCGACGCGGAGUAAGAACUCCCUCAGCUGAAGAGAUCAAGCUCAUUGCUGCAAAGCUUCGCCAGUUUGGUAAGAUUGAAGGGAAGAAUGUGUUCUAUUGGUUUCAAAACCACAAAGCAAGAGAACGACAGAAAAGACGUCGCCAACCGGACUCAAAUUCUAGCAAAAAUGCAACUGACGUUGAAACCCUAGAUGCAAAAGAGACAGGAUUUAGCUGCAAAGCUUUGGAAGGUGAACACAAUAAGAAGUUGGUUACUACAAUUCCAGCAUACAGUUCAACUUCAAAGGAGUCUGUAUCAAUGCAAAGAUCAAUGGUAACAGAAAGUGGAACAGAUGGAUGGACUCAUUUGGAUGAGAGAGAACUGCAGAAGAGGAGCGAAAGGAAAAUAGCAAAGGGUGCAACUUCCCUGAUGGAUAUGUCUUGUAUGGCUCCCAACUCUGACCUAUUAAACACCAUAACUGCACCUUCCACACUUGAAUCUUCAGGGGAAAAUCAGCAGAUAACUGCAUUAAAUUCCAGCGUAGUUUCCCCAUCCUGCGGUGAAGAUAUGAUCAACUAUGAAGAUGGAAGAAGAAACCAUCACACACUUCAGCUAUUUCCACUGCGAAGCGACGAUCAUUGCUCCAUUAAAGCAUCAGAGACAGAGUUUAAAGAGCUUAGGACAACGAUAAGUUCCAAACUUCCUCCAAAACAGUUCUAUGAGUUCCUCUAGGAGCAGCAUAAGGAUGCUUAUCUUAUGUGCUACUUAGAAUGAAUAAGUUCAUCUGAUAAUGUUUAGGUGCAUUCUUACUAGUAAGAUUGCAGCACUGAAUAGUUUAGCGUUUGCCAAAAAUUGAAUCUAACAAGCUAUCCAAAAUGGAGAGCUAGCUAGUCAGUAGCAGCCAAUGGAGACUGUGGAGUAGUAAUUGAUAUGAGAGGAAAACGACAGAAACUCUGGACUGAUGUGAAAUACCUUUGAUGUGAUGUAAUCUGGUACCAAGGAUGGGAGAAUGUUACAUUUUCCAUGCGUAUUAUUUUGGAAAUUUCACUAUUUAUAUAUGGCAUUUACGUUUUACAGUCAGAUCCAUAUAAAACUGAGAAGAAGUUGACUAA